UCACGACAUGCAUGCUCAUAACCAAACCCAUGGCGCAAAAAUGAGGAUAUCCUUUGUUUUAGUUUUGAUCAUUUACAGCGCAAGUUUUGUCAAUGUCGUAGCGGAUUAUCCAUGUGUUUGUAACUACAAAGAUUAUACCCCGGUAUACAGCCAGGCGUCAACGGGCGCUACCAUGUUCGGCUAUAUGAACAAGUUCGAUUGUAAACCCGUAAGAGAGGUACACGGGUGUUACAGUGGGUUCUUAGUAAUCCAGUUUGAAAACAAGUAUGGAUAUGUGGCAGAAGACCCGAAUGUCAGACUACAAUCAUGCACCGGCAAUUACCCUUUCAACGAUUUAGUUCUAGGUCAUCUCUUGCAAAUACCUGUCACGUGGCCUCUAGGUACGUACGGACUAAUGGAGACGUCCGCGGGAUGUCCGGGCGCGAGAGUGCCUUGGCAAUCUGGCUGGAGGCACUACGAUACGGAAGAUAGUGGACCUAGCAACAGAUACAGCAGCGGUAUUUCAAGUUCCCUUGGAGGUAGUUUCGCCAGCAACAACAUAAAAACAUCGUUUUGCAUUAAGACUGUUUCAACAACACCUUUCGCUCGAGAGUGGCCAAGGGGGUCAUAUUGUCUACUCAAAUACGGAAACUGUCCAAAUGGGUUUUCUGAAGGGUCCAUAUAUUGGGACGAUGAGGAUAGCAGUAACGCGAACGAUAAGGGCGGGAUCUUACCAGAUGGUUCAUAUGACAGAGACACCAGAAUAAAUUACUGUUGCAGAAACGACAGACAAUCAAGUGCGGCUAUGACUCUACCUACUGACCGUCCGUUCGUCCUGAUGCGUUACGGAGGGAAAUGUCAGACGGUGUACGGGAUGAGCUUUACCAACUUGUUCGUAUGUUGGGACGAUGCCGACAAUUCCAACAAGGACUCUGUGAGCGGGAUGCACCCUGACGAUACGGGAGACGGCCAUAACCACGAGCUACACUUUUGUUAUUACCAGUCGUCAGGACAUGGAGGCAUAAUGGGAUAGUGCCUGUUGACCCGGGACUGUAUUUAAGAAGCUCCUGAAUAUGUUCAACUUUGUUAAAACUUUAAGUGUGAUUGAUUUUAAAACCUUCUGAUUUCUUCAAACGUAUUAUUGUUAUGACCUUUUAAGCGUGAUUUUAUUCUUAAAAUCAUUGUACAUUUAAAUAAAUGAAUUUAAAAAUAAAUAUCUGAACUUGA